AUGUACCCCGUAUAUUUAGCUGUUGGAUUGAUUAAUAUAUUGGCAAAAAGUAAUAACUAUGGAAUCAAAAUCAACGACGCGGGAAUGGAUAUAAGAGUGCGAAGAGAUAUCAAUUAUGUGCCAAUAAUAGAUGACAUUUAUGACGAUUCUGUUAAAACAGAUAACGUAAGAGAAAUAAGACAAUUACCAUACAAUCAGAACGAUAAACAGGACAACGGUUUUUAUGUAAAUUAUACCCAUAAUUUGACACAUAACCACACGUCUCAUAAACGAAGAAGUCACAAUCACGGUAUGUAUAUACCACGUACUAGAUCCCAUCACCACAAAAAAACCGUUAACAAUUCUAAUAAUAAACCAUAUGAAUAUAAAACAGAUAUAACUGGGUUUAAACCUGAUAACCUCGUACUAGAAACUGGAUAUAACCACCACCACAAUAACCAGGUAAACUUGCAAAAAAGACAGACACUGCCUGCACCACAACCGUAUAGGAAACCAGAAGAAAACACCUCAAAACCUUUGUACAAGAAAAUUUGGUCAUUUUUCUCGGGCAGCAAAACAACAACACCCAAGUAUGAAUUUCCAACACCGGGUGUUGGGAACAGGAACGGUGUUAGUGCUCAAUUGAAGAAAAGAAAACGUAAAAUAAUUCCAGCGUGUGUUCUUUGUGAUACUGGAUGUCCACUUGGGUAUCGUAGGCAAGAAUCAUAUUGUAUAAGUGAAGAUCCUGAUUAUGAAUAG